GCAGACUCCUCCCCCGCCUGGAAACCUCGCCCCUAGUACUGGGAAUGACUCUGGGCGUGCGGCGUAGUUUGCAGCCGGGACACCGUGAGGCUUGCGAGCCCAGAUUCGCAGCCGAGACACCGUGGGGCCCGCGAUCCAGUGUUUGCAGCGGGAACAUUUCGGGGUCUGUGAUCCGAGUGAGGACGCAACGCAGAAGCUAAGGAUGAGCACCGCGGAUCUGAUGCGUCGCUGGGUCAUCGCCCUGCUCCUGGCUGCUGCCGGAGUUGCAGCAGAAGACUCAUGCAGCAGGAACGAGUUCCAGUGUAGAGACGGAAAAUGCAUCGCUAGCAAGUGGGUGUGCGAUGGCAGCCCCGAGUGCCCGGAUGGCUCCGAUGAGUCCCCAGAGACAUGCAUGUCUGUCACCUGUCAGUCCAAUCAAUUCAGCUGUGGAGGCCGUGUCAGCCGAUGCAUUCCUGACUCCUGGAGAUGUGAUGGACAGGUAGACUGUGAAAAUGACUCAGACGAACAAGGCUGUCCCCCCAAGACGUGCUCCCAGGAUGACUUCCGAUGCCAGGAUGGCAAGUGCAUCUCCCCGCAGUUUGUGUGUGAUGGAGACCGAGAUUGCCUAGAUGGCUCUGAUGAGGCCCACUGCCAGGCCACCACUUGUGGCCCCGCCCACUUCCGCUGCAACUCAUCCAUAUGCAUCCCCAGUCUUUGGGCCUGCGACGGGGAUGUCGACUGUGUUGACGGCUCCGAUGAGUGGCCACAGAACUGCCAGGGCCGAGACACGGCCUCCAAAGGCGUUAGCAGCCCCUGCUCCUCCCUGGAGUUCCACUGUGGUAGCAGUGAGUGUAUCCAUCGCAGCUGGGUCUGUGACGGCGAGGCAGACUGCAAGGACAAGUCAGAUGAGGAGCACUGCGCGGUGGCCACCUGCCGACCUGAUGAAUUCCAGUGUGCAGAUGGCUCCUGCAUUCACGGUAGCCGCCAGUGUGACCGUGAACAUGACUGCAAGGACAUGAGCGACGAGCUCGGCUGCGUCAAUGUGACACAGUGUGAUGGCCCCAACAAGUUCAAGUGUCACAGUGGGGAGUGCAUCAGCUUGGACAAGGUGUGCGACUCCGCCCGCGACUGCCAGGACUGGUCGGAUGAGCCCAUCAAGGAGUGCAAGACCAACGAGUGUUUGGACAACAAUGGUGGCUGUUCCCACAUCUGCAAGGACCUCAAGAUUGGCUCUGAGUGCCUGUGUCCCAGCGGCUUCCGGUUGGUGGACCUCCACAGGUGUGAAGAUAUUGACGAGUGUCAGGAGCCAGACACCUGCAGCCAGCUCUGUGUGAACCUGGAAGGCAGCUACAAGUGUGAGUGCCAGGCCGGCUUCCACAUGGACCCACACACCAGGGUCUGCAAGGCUGUGGGCUCCAUAGGCUAUCUGCUCUUCACCAACCGCCACGAGGUCCGGAAGAUGACCCUGGACCGCAGCGAGUACACCAGUCUGCUCCCCAACCUGAAGAAUGUGGUGGCUCUCGACACGGAGGUGACCAACAAUAGAAUCUACUGGUCCGACCUGUCCCAAAAAAAGAUCUACAGCGCCCUGAUGGACCAGGCCCCUAACUUGUCCUACGACACCAUCAUCAGUGAGGACCUGCAUGCCCCUGACGGGCUGGCGGUAGACUGGAUCCACCGCAACAUCUACUGGACAGAUUCAGUCCCAGGCAGCGUAUCUGUGGCUGACACCAAGGGCGUAAAGAGGAGGACACUGUUCCAAGAGGCAGGGUCCAGACCCAGAGCCAUCGUAGUGGACCCUGUGCAUGGCUUCAUGUACUGGACAGAUUGGGGAACACCCGCCAAGAUCAAGAAAGGGGGUUUGAAUGGUGUGGACAUCCACUCACUGGUGACCGAAAACAUCCAGUGGCCAAAUGGCAUCACACUAGAUCUUUCCAGUGGCCGUCUCUAUUGGGUUGAUUCCAAACUCCACUCUAUCUCCAGCAUCGAUGUCAAUGGGGGCAAUCGGAAAACCAUUUUGGAGGAUGAGAACCGGCUGGCCCACCCCUUCUCCUUGGCCAUCUAUGAGGACAAAGUGUAUUGGACAGAUGUCAUAAACGAAGCCAUUUUCAGUGCCAAUCGACUCACGGGUUCAGAUGUGAAUUUGGUGGCUGAAAACCUCUUGUCCCCGGAGGACAUUGUCCUGUUCCACAAGGUCACACAGCCUAGAGGGGUGAACUGGUGUGAGACAACAGCCCUCCUCCCCAAUGGUGGUUGCCAGUACCUGUGCCUGCCCGCCCCACAGAUCGGUCCCCACUCGCCCAAAUUCACCUGCGCCUGCCCUGAUGGCAUGCUGCUGGCCAAGGACAUGCGGAGCUGCCUCACAGAAGUCGACACUGUACUGACCACCCAGGGGACAUCCGCCGUCCGGCCUGUGGUCACCGCAUCAGCUACCAGGCCACCGAAGCACAGUGAGGAUCUCUCAGCUCCCAGUACUCCUAGGCAGCCUGUGGACACCCCAGGGCUCAGCACAGUGGCGUCAGUGACAGUGUCCCACCAAGUCCAGGGUGACAUGGCUGGCAGAGGGAAUGAGGAGCAGCCACAUGGUAUGAGGUUCCUGUCCAUCUUCUUCCCUAUUGCACUGGUUGCCCUCCUUGUCCUUGGGGCCGUCCUGCUGUGGAGGAACUGGCGGCUGAAGAACAUCAACAGCAUAAACUUUGACAACCCAGUCUACCAGAAGACCACAGAGGACGAGCUCCACAUUUGCCGAAGCCAGGAUGGCUAUACCUACCCCUCAAGACAGAUGGUCAGCCUGGAGGACGAUGUGGCAUGAGCAGCCGGGAGAGCCGUCUCUUUCCGGGAUCCAUUGCCAAGCUUAGGCAGAAAAGACACUCUCUCCAGACCUCCCCAUCCAGCACUGGUCCUGCCACCUCCCUGGGCUCUGUGUUGCUCAAAGCAAGAUAAGAGCAAAGCUGGGCUGGGGGCCAAGCUCAGCUGCCUGUCUGCCCCAGGUUCUGUUUUAUAUAUUUAUUGUCUGGGGACAGAAAAGGCUACUGGCUGUGCUUGAAAUUCGAAUUCUGCCUGGGAAUUUUUUUUUUUCUCCCAUCUUCAUUUCCUUGGAAGCCAAAUAGGCUGUCCCAGAAGCUUCUGAAUUCUACUCUUUUCAACACUAACACGGAGGAGGAAGAGACCCACCCAGGCAGAGAGAAGCCUGCUGGACAUGAGACAGCAGGUACUACUGACCGGGUCCUGGGUACCAUAGCCAGUCCCUAACCUCAGGACUUCCUGCAUUGACCUUCAUCCCAGAGCCUUCCUGCCUGACUCUGCCGCCCCCAUCAGAAGCCAGGAAAGUGACUCGUGACAUUCGGUACUGAUCUUGCUGGAUCUUGAGGCCGGCAGCUGCCAGUGAUGGAUACCCGCUCAUGCCUUUGCCAAAACGUCACCCGUUCCUGGAGGGACAAGCCCAAGUCGCCAUUCUCCCUUAAUAUUUAUCAAGUGCCUGAGACAACUGGUUGCCUUGCUCAGGAGUCCUGGCCUGCUCAGUGUCCUGCUGCUCAGGGGUGGCCGGCAGGACCCCUGUCCUGUGCCCAGCCCCCGAGUCUCCGAGUGAGGCUUGCACUUCUCUCUGCGCACUUUUCCCGUUCUGUGCUGGGCACCCACGUGGUCCACAUUUGUACUCCUAGGUUGCACUGACCCUGGUGCAUUGGAUGGGACCUCAGGCCGGAAGUGGCCCCGAAUCAUUGACCACAGAAGAUAAUUGCCAGGCUCCAAGCAUCCAUUGCCUUCUUCAGUACUGGGGGGAACUCAGGGCCUCUGUCUGGUGUUUAGUUAGUCUGUUUGUUUGUUUGUUUGUUUGUUUGUUUGGUGGUUUCUGGCUCUGCACAGCAGAGUUGUUUAGCUCCUCUGGUAACGUCAUCCUCUCUCACAGAGACAUCCAGCCUGCUGAAGGGGAGAGAUGGGGCGAGGGGAGGGAUACACGCAUGGUUUCUCAGGUGUGGUGGCACUUGGCUUUAAUCCUAUGCUCAAGAGGAAGAGGUGGGCACAUGUCUGAGGUCCAAGCCUACAUAGUGAGACCUUAUAUAUCUAAAAACCAAAAGAAAUCCCAGACUAUUUGGUGGGACUUGGAAGAAUACUUAGAAAUUGCCACAGAUUUGUCACAUGGGUAACCUAAGAAGACAGUGGUGGCCUUACUUGGAUUCCUGGGUAGAUCCACCUGUCCACUACUCAAGACACAAGGGCACACUGCCCAGCCCACUGGGACACUUGUAAAGAGCUCUGUAAUGUGCCGAUGGCACCUGGCUCGGUUUUCAUUCUGUAUAUUCAAGGAUAUCACACAUAUGUAUUAAAUCUAUUUAUUUUUGCAAACCCUGAUUGCUGCACCUCUCUGCAAUUUCUCCAGGUUAGGCUGGGGUGAUACUCUGGGAUGCUCUGUAUACAAAGAUGAUUUGAAUGGGCUGAUCUCAGGCCUGUCCUGUGCGUUGCUUUGAGUGGGUGGGAACUGCUUUGAAACCCUUGUUCAGAUGUUUUUAUAGGCUGAAAAUAUCAUACUGUGAUGGAUUAAAUUCUUUUUUGGAAA